GUGCUUUCCCUGGAUUAACACACAUUCGUUCCUCUGGCACAGUGGCAAGAGCACUUGUGGAUUCGUGCCAGCAGUACUUAAUCAUGCUUGCACGUACCGCUAAGGGCGUGCUGGCCUUGGGUCUGCUGCUCCUAGGGGUGGUCUAUUCGGUGGAGAGCGUACCUGCAAGGGCUAGGUUACCUGGUCACGAGAACCUCGGUGACGGAGCAGAUGAAGCGGAGGACGCUGGGGUGCUCCAGAGGCUGUGGUCUGGCAUCAGCACUGGGUUCGGCUCGCUAGCAGGAUUUGGAAAAAGUGACAUAGAAGAACGUAUGGAAAGAUUCCAAAGUGAUAGCCUGGAUACACUACAAAACGAAAUUAAAACAUUACUGAAGGUGCACAGGAGGCAGCGGCGUUCCCGUGCCCAUGAUAAACCUCUCACCAGAGAUGACGCAGGCUACUACAGACUGUUGGAUAUUGACGAUAACGUUAACCACUACCUGAAAGACUUCACUGCACCUGAAAACCCGAUCUCGAUGGUGGUAUUCGAACACCAGAACUUCAUCUUCUGGUUUAUUACAGACAGCUUCACUUCAAACAACCCGGGGCGAUUACACGUUUAUGCUCUUCAAAUGGGAAACUUCCUUCAGUACGAAUCAGUAGAUACAAUGGGUGCCAUAAAGUGUGUGCCAAUUCUCCUCAUGGAAAGUUUUGUGGAGUUUGCAUGUGUUGAAUCCCAAGGAGAAAGAGCCACAGACAAAACGAAGGUUGGAUGUGGUGUCUACAGGUUGACGUGGGAAGGUGGUUUAGCGGUAAAUUUCCAUCGUUCUCUGCGUACCGAUGGUGCCCACGAUGUUGCUAUAUGGCAACUUGGGAGCAACACUUACCUGGCAUUCGCAAAUUCAUAUAACAAGAGACUACAGACUGGAGAGAUUUCGAACAGUUUAUUUAAACUACAGAUUACUACCCUUGGAGAGAAGGUUUACACAACCUACGAUAGGCUGGACAGUGCUACCUUCGGAAGCAUGAAUGCUCGUGGUGUAGAAGCCUUCAAAAUUGUAUCGCGUCAGUUCUUGGCCGUCGCCAAUCAUGCUGAUGACCUGGGUAACGUAGAGAUUGAGAGCGACAUCUUUGUGUAUGACGUGACCCGUGGGUCACUAAAACCAUUUCAACGCAUUCGGACAAGUGCUGCCAGUGACUGGACAGCGUUCAGCUUUGUGUCUGGACCAAACUCAGAAUAUUUCUUAGCUGUAGCUAAUGAAUACAAUUACGAUGAAGCUGGUAACAAGAACUUUGAAGUAGAUUCUGUUAUCUACAAGUAUGACGAUGGAAAGUUUGUCCCAUUCCAGUGCAUAAGAACCUUCGGCGCCAAGGAGUGGCUUUACUACCAGGGUCCACGUAGCGAAUUCGUAUUGGCAGUGGUGAACAGUCAAGCUGGAGUCUUCUUCUACCAGUAUAAUGGUUGGAGAUUCGUCCGUAGCCCUUUCAAGGUUUCCACUGCAGGUGUAGAAAGAGCAUGGAUCACUUACGCACCAGAGACGUUGAACAAAGUUAUCCUCAGUGUUGUUAACCCUUUCGUAGAUGGAGGCCAGCCUAGCGUGUUCUACCUAACAUUUGAGCAACAGAGGCCACUAUCUGUUUACCACGACGAAACCUUAGCAUGGUGUGAAUCCUAUAAAGGAAGUUUAUAUAGCUUGAACACUUUGGUUACUAGUGUACGCAAUGCACCAAGGAUAGAUCAACCAUAUAGCUUCAGUAGACCUGCGACUAUUCAUGGGAACCUAAUCGUACCCGCAGGGGCUUACUUGUCAGAAGUGAGAGAUAUCCACGUCAGGAUUCCGGACUACAGUGUGGAUCAUAGUUUCACCAAUUUUGCAGGCCGCAUUGAUGGCGUCAAUAGUGCUUUCGAGAGAGUUUCUAGAGCUAAAGUUACAUUAAUACAAUCUAGAAAGCUCAACAGUCCCAAUUUGGAUGGUCUUCGAUUCUCGAACGUGGAAUUUAAAUGCAUGAUUGGAGAUCAUACUGGCUGCAAGGUUGGAGACUUGCUUGUGAAGACGGUAUGUAUGAAGUCUAAACUAAAAUACCUGGUUACCCUCAGUAGUAAUCAUAAUAUUGUUGGAGAAAAGACCUUUGGUGUUCUAAAAGCUAAUAAUCUGCAAGUGUCCGGCACAGUGGAUUCGGUUCGUAUUGAUGAAAGUGAACUACUGCUCACUGUAGACUAUCAGAAAAUUUCUUCAGAUAUUACUAUUGAAUCUCUCUCGUCGCAUAAUAUAGCGACUACAACGCUUAAUGGCAGAGACUUCCAGCGUUUCCUGAAAACUCUGGUUCUCAACAACACCAGCCAACAUAUACUGGGUUCUUUGGUGGUCAAUGGAGACUUAAUAACUCAGUCUAUACAGGUUAACGUUCCAGCACCACUGGAUCCUCUCUCGAUAGUGAACCGGGCCCUCUUCCACACCACUGAAGACUCUCAAAAAAUAACUGGUGCUGUCAAGAUUGGAGGUUUGACAAUACAACGUGGUCUGUCAGUCUGGGGCCGGAUUAACGGAGCAAUGAUUCCACAUGAAGUGUUCAUGAGGAACUAUGAAGAGACUAUAAGUGUUCCGACCACCUUUGAGAGACUUCGUGCAGACACACUAGUGGUGAAACAGCAGCUUGGUAAUGUCAAGGUUAUAAAUGGAGAAUUAGACCUAUUAUUUGUAAAUGGUGAUCAGGAAGUAGUUGGCAAGAAAUCCUUCGUGAGCAUGAUUCUUCGGGACCAUUCGUCUGUUGCACAGACUGUAUCAGGAUACAGACUAGAAGACUUCGGGAAGAUUUUGUCUACAGAUUUUGUGACUGGCGUGAACUCUGGUCGGAUGAUAAACGGUUCUGUGGACUUCUUAGACAAACUAUACGUGAAGAGUGGUAUUGUGGAUGGAGUUAAACUAUCUGAUAUACAGAACAGUGCUAUACCCCUUGACACUAGAAUUUCUUCCACGUUCAUAUUCCAAGGCGCUGUAAAGGUCAUUGGAGACUUUACUGUUGAAUCAGAGUUAAAUGGAAAAAAAACGGAGAACUUUGUUCGAAAAGGGAUCUCUCACAUUUUUACCAAAAAUGUCACCUUCAAUUCCGAUUUAAAAGUAGAGGGGAAUGUUCUCGCAGAAAGUGUAAAUGGAUUUGAAUUCAGAAAGCUAGUGUCACGGUUCGUCCUAAAGGACGAGGCUCAGACAAUUGUCAGUGAUGUGUUCGUGCACAAGCCUGUGGUGAGUGAUGUGAUGGUCACGGGACUAGUUCUUAUUGACGAUGUUGACCUUUACGAUACAUUGCUGCUUACUUCUACAACUUCAAUAACUGGUGAAAAGACAUUCACUACUCUGAAAGUUUUGUCUGGUGUGACUGCCGGAGCAGUGAACAUAGCCCCUUUUGGCACUGUAGAUGAUGUUGAUGUGGACGAUCUCUUUGGUAAUUCUCUUCAAAAAUCCGGAACAGGUAUACAGCAUCUAGUAGGAAGAUACAUAAACAAGCUGACAGCAUCUUCAGUCACUGGUACGGAUAUCGAUGUCUUGGAGAAAAGUAUAAUUAACAUGGACAGUAGUAUGGAACACAUUGUUGGAUCCUUGACGUUCACUGGUUCAGUGACUGUCCUAUCAUUAACAUUCAAAAUCUUCGAUGGCGUGUCAGCUGAAGAGUACAGCUCCAGUUGGUUGACGAAGACUGCCAGCCAGUCCUUGACUGGUGUUAACGUCAUGCAGAAUGUUGAAACGGAAGACCUGACUUUCAGAGGAAACCUCGUUAAUGGAGUAGACCUGGAUUACCUUGUUAAGAAUACAGCUAAGAUUGAUGAAGUCACAACUUUGGAUCUGGUGUCCUUUGAUAAAAUUGUAUCUAAUAGUGAUGUGGUGUUGGAUGGUAAAAUACAAGGGUGGGAUUUGAGCGAAGAAGCUGUAAGAGCAAACGUCUUUGACCAGAAGGUGAGUGGCCGAAAAGUGUUCGAGUCUCCCGUGCGGUACUCGGGCAUAUUCUCGGUGACUCGUGAUGUGGUAGUGAAGAACUAUCCCGAUGACUACCCACUCGCAAUUGAUAUCGGUGGCCUCUGUCUCAGUCUCGGUACACCAAGCACAGCUAUCUACUUAAAGAACUGGACUAUCAGGGGUGAUGCGUACUUUGGAGGAAGUGUAACUUUGACUGGUUCCCUCAAUAGUGAAAAUGUGGCUACUCUGGAAGAUUUCUUCUGGUUGACAAAUGUGCCGAAUCAAAUAGCUGCAGUUGGUUCUUUUGGAUCUGUGAUUCUUGGUGUCAAUGCUAACCUAAUGCUGGAUGUGAUGGGUAAGAUAAACGACUAUAACUUCGAUGCUGUUUGGGAUCAAAUGCUGAAGAAAGAAUGCAGAGAGCAGAUAGUGAACGCAGAAUUCGCACUCGACACAUUAAUCACACAUGUUCUGGCUACAAAUAUCAUCAAAAAUCCAGCUGAUGAUGUUGGUGUGAAUGAACUGACAAAUAUUUUACUGAAGGAUGGAUAUCAAGAAAUCUCUGGAAAACUACAUGUACAAAGACUGGAAGCAAAAGGUGGAAUUAUCUUGAACGGUACUGUAAACGGGCUGAGGAUCGACCAUGACUUCGUUCAGUAUGGGAAGGUGGCAACCAUCAUGGCUAGAAAAAUCUUCCUUGAAGAUCUCGUCAUUAAGGGAGACCUGGAAGUGGUGGAUGAAGGCACAAUUCAGGGCGUUGAUGUGUCAGAGCUUGGCAGACUUUCCCUAAGAAAAACAAAUGGCGAAUACAAGAUUCCUGGGCUUACUACUUUUAAAAGCUUAAGAUAUACUGGUCAGGAUUUCUAUGUGUAUGGUAGUGUUGAUGGCGUUCUGGUGAAGAGAGAGUCGCUACUAUUAAAAUCUGGCUACCAAGAGAUUCUGGGGAGGCUGCUAAUUAACGCUGGGUCAUCUGGCAUUGCUCUAGAAGCUAAUUCUUUGGUUGUUCUAGACAAUAGACUUAAUCAAAUUGACCUUAAUAGGCUGAUCAAUGUGACGGUGAAAAUGGACACGCAAAGCAUAAUCCAGCAAGAAAUCACGUUUUUGGAUAUAUGUUACUUCAACAUUUUGACAUUAGAGAACCAUCUCAUUAAUGGUUACAAUAUUACUGAUCUUGGAUUGCUCAUCAAUGGCAACUACCUCGUCAACAUGGGUGACCACUUGACUAUUGCUCUUAACGUUGCAAGAGACACUAAGGAUUUGCUUGCAGAAAAACCUGCAGAACUCUGGUAUUUCGAAGAAACUUACAUGGAGACGGUCUACAAAGUGUUAGCAGUGAUGUUACAAGGAAAUUACCUGGAGGCCAAAACCUACGACACUCUAGUUGGACUACACAGGACUUUUAAUUUGGUGUACACUUUCAGAAUGGCUCCUGGCUUCCCUAUGCUCUAUCCAGCUGUAAGUGUUCUGGAGCCCCUGAGCGCUGCUGGCCUAGGUAGUGGUCUACUUGCAACUUGCGGCGGUCAACCAAUGAAUGCUACUCCAGCGGGCGUCCCUGUUACGUCAGACUUCUCACUGAUUCCACUGGAAAGUGGGAGCCACAGCUAUGGUCACAUCUACUCUUCGGUCGGGGAAAUUGGACUCGAAGCAGCAUUUGGAAUCGUCCAAUGUAAACACUUGGUGCCUUAUGAACUAAAUUUGGGUACAAAACGGGCUGUCAAGGGAGCUUGGAUGAGCCUGGGACACCACACGUAUCUGUUGGUAGCUGAGGAAGAGACAGACUUCGAGCCAGCUCGCCUGAAACUCUUCGAGCAUAAUGAACACUUCGAUGAAAUGAAAUUGGUAAGUAGUACAGAGGUUGCUGGUGCUUCUGACGUGGAUGUGCUGGUACUGAAGUCUCUGGCAAUUGUUGCAGUCACAACACUACCAAAUCGCAUCUGUAAUUCAUCUAUACUAAUCUUUAGCAUAAAAGUCGAUGUUAAGAUCUUGGAGAUGGAAAGCCUUCAGAAAUUGGAAAUCGAAGGGGCUGUACACAGCAGCCUGAGUCUCACUACAGUGGGUGACAUUGCACUCUUUAUACAGAGACGAGAAGACCUUCUCGUAUACUACAUGAAGGGAGUAAAUUUCGUCUUCGUCAGGAAGAUAAAAACUACACCUUCGUUAUGUCCCUCAUCUUUCCCAUUCCUGUAUGGCGAGCAACGAGAGUUGAAGAUUGCCUAUGCUGGUCUGGGUUGGCUGGAUGAAGAAUACCUUGAAGACAAACUUGAAAUGGUGCCAUCAGUAGUGUACACGGCUGUGUACAGAGGAACUCGUAAUUUAUAAACAGUUUAAAAUUUUUUAAUAAACCUCAGAUGCUUGAA